GGAGAGCUUGAUUAAAAAAAAGAAGAAGAAGAUGGCGUGAGAGCAGCGGCGCGGACAGGACAACAACCGAACCCUCGCGGCGAGGCACCCUCACUGCGGACGUAGAGUGCCCCGUGUUCCGCCACUCAAGUAAGAUGGAUCCCGAACAGGAUUUACUUCUCACUGCUCUCAGCGAGAGCGGCAUUUGCCCCAAUGACAUUGGAGUAUUUGACGUCGAUUCUCAGGAUGUCGCGCAGCCCUCCUCCACAGCUCAGCAAUCUAUCUCAAUCAGCGCCCUGGAUGCCGGCUUGGGGAACGAGUCUGGGGAAGUUAAAACUGAAUCGCCGACCCCAGGUCCCAUCGUGACUAUCAGGCAACACAAACCUCAGCCGUCGACCACCACCUUUGUCUUAAAUCAGCUGAAUCAGCUUCCGUCGCUCGGAACGGCCACUACCAAGCCGUUGUCGGGGAACUCCGUCAAACACACCAUCACCGUCACCAAGGUGGUCCACGUCCCCAACGCCGCCCUACGAGGCUCGUCCACGCCCACCUCCACGAUCACCACCCCCUCAGUGUCCACAGCCGUGCCUUCAAACCCCGACCAGAUCCAGUUAAAAGACCUCCUAAGGGCGGGAGGUGUCAAGAGUUCGAGCCUCAAGGGCAACAGUCUGGUGGAGCUCAUGAAACUCAAGCCUCCGCCAGACAUCGCCACGCCGGUAGCCACCGCCACAGGGCCCGGUGAGAUGAACAACGGCAUCAAGAAGGAAAACCCGGCAAAAGAAAACGUUAGAAGCUGGAACAACGACGAGGUCAAAAUGCACGCUUUCUCACAUUCCCUGCACGCGCCCGGGACGAGGGACGAGGACGAGCCUGAGGAGGAGGAAGAGGAGGAGUUGGGUCACGCCGAAACGUACGCCGAGUACAUGCCGAUGAAGUUGAAAGUUGGCCUGCGGCAUCCCGACCCAGUGGUGGAGACCAGCUCCCUGUCGAGCGUCAACCCGCCGGACGUUUGGUACCGCCUGUCCAUCCCGGAGGAGGUCAUCGACCGCGGCUGCCUGUCGGCUCUGCAGCUGGAAGCCAUCACGUACGCCGCACAGCAACACGAGACGUUCCUGCCGAGCGGCGACCGAGCAGCCUACCUGAUCGGUGACGGCGCCGGUGUGGGGAAAGGUCGCACCAUUGCCGGGAUCAUCUAUGAGAAUUACCUCCUGGGCAGGAAGCGGUCGCUAUGGUUCAGCGUUUCCAAUGACUUGAAGUAUGACGCCGAGCGGGAUUUGAGGGACAUUGGCGCCAAGAACAUCCAGGUCCAUUCCCUCAACAAGUUCAAGUACGGCAAGAUCUCCUCCAAACACAACGGCAGUGUGAAGAAAGGCGUCAUCUUCGCCACUUACUCGUCGCUGAUCGGAGAGAGCCAGUCGGGCGGCAAGUACAAGACCAGGUUUGAGCAACUGCUCCACUGGUGUGGCGAGGACUUUGACGGCGUUAUUAUCUACGAUGAAUGUCACAAGGCUAAAAAUGUGUGUCCCAUCGGAUCGUCCAAACCCACAAAAACAGGGCUGGCGGUGCUGGAGCUUCAGAACAAACUCCCCAAGGCUCGCGUGGUGUACGCCAGCGCGACAGGUGCUUCGGAACCAAGAAACAUGGCUUACAUGAACCGCCUGGGCAUCUGGGGCCAUAAAACACCUUUCAGGGAGUUUGGCAACUUCAUUCAAGCGGUGGAGCGCAGGGGCGUGGGCGCCAUGGAGAUCGUCGCCAUGGAUAUGAAGCUGAGGGGAAUGUACAUCGCCCGGCAGCUGAGUUUCACCGGCGUGACGUUCAAGAUCGACGAGGUCCCGCUGACUCAUCGCUACAUUCAAAUGUACAACAAAUCGGUCAGGCUGUGGGUGAGCGCUCGGGAAAAGUUCCAGCAGGCGGCCAACCUGAUGGAUGCCGAGCAACGUAUGAAGAAGUCCAUGUGGGGCCAGUUCUGGUCGGCCCACCAAAGGUUCUUCAAGUACCUUUGUAUCGCCUCCAAGGUCCGGAGGGUGGUCCAGCUGGCCAGGGAGGAGGUCCAGAAUGGGAAGUGUGUGGUGAUCGGCUUGCAGUCCACCGGAGAAGCGAGAACUCUGGAGGCCUUGGAGGAAGGUGGCGGGGAACUUAACGACUUUGUGUCAACCGCAAAAGGUGUGCUGCAGUCCCUGGUGGAGAAGCAUUUCCCGGCUCCCGACAGACAGAAGCUUUACAGCCUGCUGGGCAUCGACAUCUCGGCCAAGAAGACCCCUUCGCCUACUGACUCCACGUCCCAGCAGAAGGGCAAGAAAAGGAAAGCCCCGGAGAUUAAGAAGAAACAGCAGAAGAAGAGGCCUCGCAAUCACGGCGGACUGUCGGGCACAAGCUCGGACGAGAGCCAGUCGGACGAGUCGGACAAAGACUCGGGCAGGGACGGCGACAGCGAUGACAGCUUCAAAUCAGUCAGCUCGGCGGACGAGGACGACGACUUCAACCCGUUCAGAGAGGAGUCUGGCGAGGACGACGAGGACGAUCCCUGGCUUGUCCGAAAGGAGCCCAAGAAGAACAAAGAGAAAAAGAAGAAAAAGCGAAGGAAGAGCAUCGACCCCGAUUCCAUUCAAAGUGCCUUGCUGGCCUCGGGCCUGGGCUCCAACCGGCCGACGUUCACCGCCCCCGUCGCCCCUACGCCCACGCCGACUGCAGUUAAAGCGGAGCCCGACAACAGCUGCUUGACGAGCCAGGACGCCGUGGAACACGCUCAGAAGAUGAAGAGGGACCUCCUGGACAAACUGGAGGAGCUGGCCGAGGAGCUGCCACCCAACACGCUGGACGAGCUCAUCGACGAGCUGGGAGGACCUGAAAAUGUUGCUGAGAUGACGGGUCGCAAAGGCCGCGUGGUCAGCAACGACGACGGCACCAUCACGUACGAGUCCCGUUCGGAGCUGGACGUUCCCGUAGAAAUCCUCAACCUCACGGAGAAGCAACGUUUCAUGGACGGGGAAAAACACAUCGCCAUUAUCUCGGAAGCGGCCAGCUCGGGCAUCUCGCUGCAGGCCGACCGCCGGGUCAAGAAUCAGCGCCGCAGGGUCCACAUGACGCUGGAGUUGCCGUGGAGUGCCGACCGAGCCAUCCAGCAGUUCGGAAGAACUCACAGGUCCAAUCAGGUCACAGCUCCCGAGUACGUCUUCCUCAUCUCCGAGCUGGCUGGCGAGCAGAGAUUUGCCUCGAUCGUGGCCAAAAGAUUAGAGAGUCUUGGGGCGCUCACGCACGGAGACAGAAGAGCGACGGAGACUCGAGACCUCAGCAGGUUUAACUUUGAUAACAAAUAUGGACGAAACGCUCUUGAAAUCGUAAUGAAGUCGAUAGUGAAGCUCGACACGCCGCUCGUGUCGCCGCCCUCGGACUUUCAAGGAGAUUUCUUCAAAGGUACGAAUGACAAAGCAUCGCGGUGAGCUCCUGUUUGCUGUGGAGGAUAUUUGGGCCUGAUCGGACUUUUGUCGGUUCAGACGUUCAAAGGGCUUGAUCGGAGUGGGCUCAUUAAUGUGGAGGAUAGAUACAACUCGCUCUCCCUGGACAAAGACUAUAACAACAUUGGGAAAUUCCUCAACCGCAUCCUGGGCAUGGAGGUCCAUCAGCAGAACGCCUUGUUCCAGUACUUCUCCGACACACUGGCGGCCGUCAUCCAGGAAGCCAAGCGCAACGGCAGAUUCGACAUGGGCAUUCUUGAUCUUGGUUCUGGUGAUGAGAAGGUAAAGAAGUUGGACUGCAAAAAGUUCCUGACGCCGGGCUACACGGCGUCAGGCCACGUUGAGCUUUUCACGGUGGGCGUGGAACGAGGGAUGUCCUGGGAGGAAGCCACGCAUGCGUGGGCAGAACAGAACGGGUCGGACGAUGGCUUCUAUGUGCAGUCACGGAACAACAAGAAGACAGCCAUCUUGGUGAAGGAGGUGAACGCAAAGAAGAGGCUCUUCCUGGUCUACCGGCCCAACACGGGGAGGCAGGUCAAGCUGGAAUCGUACGCUGACAUCAAGAAGAAGUUUAAGAAGGUCUUAUCAGAAGACGCCAAGCAACACUGGAACGAACAGCACACCUCGUCAGCGAAGAUUUGCUCGCAUGCGUUCUGGCGGGGCAACUGCAAGAAGGCCUCGGUGGGGCUGCAGUGCGAGGUCGGCCUGCGCUGCCGCACGUAUUACGUGCUGUGUGGUUCUGUGCUGAGCGUGUGGAACGAGCUGGAGGAGGUGCUCACGCCUGUUAGCGGCACCAACGUCAAGGUGCAGAUCGUACGUCUGCGCACCGAGGACGGCCAGCGAAUCGUCGGACUGAUCAUUCCGGCCAACUGCGUGUCGCCGCUGAUGCACAAGCUGUCCACGUCGGACCAGUUCCAGCAGCUGGCCGUGCAGGAGCAGUACAAGAGGCAGCAACUGCACCCCCAAAGUCUGAGCCACGUGCCCAACACAUAGUGAUGGCAAGACGGACGGCGUCAACGCGGACUGGUGUAUAUACAGGAAAAAAAAAAAAAAGAAACGUUUCAGGGUUAUUGAUGUUUUUUUUGUUUUUUUUUAAAUUCUCUUUUAAUUUGGAAGACUCGCCAUCACCCCUCAUUCCGACAGGGGUGAUGUUUUUCGUCCUCUGACAUUCAGAGUAGAAGAUGUGCGACGGACCCCUGCCACACUGGAAACUGACCGCUACGUUACAAUCCAAUAAUAAAUCCUUCAGACUUUCACUUUUCCAUCCGUGUUUCAUUUCCCACGAUUGUCGUGAGGGAUCUUUGUUUCGACUUGCAUUACUCGAAACUCCAAAAAAGUUGGAGAUUUGUGAUUUGAUUGACCCGCAUGACGUCUUUUUUUGUUUGCUUUGAAUGGUCUUCUCAGGUGUUUGACCACGACAGCUCAUUCCGUAAUCAAAUACGUCCUUUUCGUCUUCCAUCAUGUGACGUAGGAUGGCACCACUACAACCGCUAGUGGAGAAAUAAAUCAAUUAUUCUUGGUUCAGAAAUGCCAAUCAGAAUCAUGCAAAUGUUGAUUUUUUUGGACAUUGAUAUUUUUAAAAAGUUGUAUAUUGAACUGGCCUGUUCAUAUCUUCAAAACUCUACUUUGAGUUUGCCUUUCAUGGAAAGCUGUUUGAGCAUUUCAUGUCCACUCCGUGUACUUGUAAUGUUAUUAGUAAGACAGUCAUUCUGCUAAUGUACUGAAUUGUUCAUGAGUGUAUGGAAAGAGCCCGUUAAUCUAAUCUGGUCCUUAAUCGGCAUAUCUAUGGAAACCUGUUUUAAGCGUUCAUUUGAUACUGAUAUCCAUUUUAAGCUUUAUGUACUAGUGCACUUGACCUAGUGUAUGUGACAAAUAAGGUGUCAUCGACAGCAGGAAAUGUGGACACAAGAACUUGUGUUUUGCUAGUGAGGUCAAAGGGCAUACUAGCCCAGCCCUUAACAUGGAUAUCAAGGAUAUUGAAUACUUUAAUUCUCAGUGCACUAAGAGGAUGAUGGGGAAAAAAAUGCCCUAAGGUUUGGGAGAUAUUGCAUUUGGGGUCUGUCGGGGCUUUGGAAUGUCAGCAAAAUCUUUUCUCGCUGACGUGGCCCAUGAAAUGACAACGCUCAAUAAAGCUUGGUAUACAGUACUUGUA